CAAAAAAUUUGCCGUUUGAGAGAGAAACUGCUAGCUGUCUUCUCCGACUAUUUUUUCUGAAAUUCCGGUGAGGUUUUUUAGUUUUUCUGUUCACCAUCUUUCGUUUCUUGAAUAUUUUUGAUGGCUGAACCAUCGAAUCCACACAAUGUGGAGGGUGAAAACCCUGAACAGCCGAUAGUGGCUGAGGAAGAAGACGAGGAUGAUGAUGUUGAUGUUCCCGGUGGUGGGUUACCGGUGUUGAAGUGGACAAAAGGUAGUUUUAAAACUCUGAUGGCCACUGUUCAGAUGGCCAAAGACUGGAAUGCUACUUACCCACAAGUGGGGGACACCGGUGCCGAUGCUCCGGCCGGUUAUAUAACCUUGUGGGCGGAUUUUUUCACCCACGGCAACCUUAGGUUGCUGGUGACGGUGUUUGUGGCGGAGGUAUUGGAGUAUUACCACCUCCAUAUCUCCCAGCUUAGUCCUUUCGGAAUGUUCCGAAUUCGGAAUUUUGAGUACACAUUCCGUGCCCAUGGCCUGCCCAUUUCAGUGGAGAAUUUCCGGCGUUUCUACCAGUUGACGGUGAACACCGGUUUUUUCUCGUUCACUCAAAGGCAUGGGAGUCUGAAGUUGAUGACACCUCCUAAAGGUGUGACAGGCUGGAAGAAGAGGUUCUUCUACGUGAAAGCCUGUGCGGUCUAUGCUAACAUGUCUUUCAGGAAUGUCGAUGUUGGAGUUUCCGACGAAGAUAUUCCUGUUGCUUCCGCGAAGACCGCGGACUGGUUCUCUAGGCUGCGGCCUAUUGAACUCAAGAAGUUGGAUAAUGACCAACUGUGGAUAUUGCGGAUGAUGCUCUCUAGACCGGAUAGGAAGGAAAGGCCCGUGUUGCGGGAACAGGGUGGUGCGGAUGCGGUUGGCUUGUGGAGGAUGUUUGAGCCUGAUUUCAAGGGCCAGGUUGAACUGAUCGCGGUUGAGCUGAAGAAAGGUUUCAACCUUGAAAUUCUGAAAAACUUCCGCGUACCAUCAAAAGCGGUGCUGGAAGCCCCGGUUCCGGGAGACGCAAGAGGUGUCCUUGCGGAUUUGGGGAAGUUUGAGAAACGCGUCCCCAAAAAGACUGUGGAGAGGAAAACGGUAAAAAAGACCGUGCGGGGUCGUGGCAAGGGGAGUGUUGAAGGCUCAGCUGCCCCUGCUUCCGUUUUCGAAGCCGCAGGUACCUAUCAAUCUUGUUCUCGGGGAUAUACCGAUUACGUCGUAGUAUCUGACACCCUUGAGGGUUUGGGUGUUAUAGGUAGUGGUGCGGCCGCGGGUGGAACUGCUGUGGUUCCCCCCGUUGUUGGAGAGAAAAGGGGGCCAGAGCAGAAAGCUGCUGGUGGUGGUGAACCGAAGAGGCGGAGACUGCAGACCAGGAGAGUUGCUCCGGUGCAGAAGAAACCUGCAGUUGCUGCUGGUAAGUAUAUCCCUUUCUUUGUUUUGUACCAUGGGUGGGAAAUACUAAUUGAACUCUCUUUGUAUUGCAGAAUCCCGAGAUGCGGGGUAUUCUUUUUUCGACAUCCCUGCGUCUCCUCUGCACACCGCUGCCGCGGGUGCGGGUGUAACGAAGAGACGGUCGCGCCCAAGGAGCCUGUGGCCCCUUUUGUUGGGCCAGUUCGUGAUCCCCCUUUGGAGAAGACGGUGGAGACGACUGUUGACCGGAUUUUUGAUACUGGGGAUGAUAUCUCAAAUGACCCUGCGGCCUGCAAGGAGAUUCUGGGUGGUCUGGGCACCCCUUUUGAAGUUGAGCGUGCCCGUGCCGCACCCCGAGAGCUGCGUGUAAACCAGCUCUCGUCAAUGCUGGUAGGUACUUCCAUCGUGGCUAAUGCCAUUUUGGAAGAUUAUAAGGUGCUGGGCCGCCGCGAGGAGGAGGCUGCUCGUAUGCGGGCGGAAGCAGAGAAGUUGGUCGAGGUUGCUCGUGCGGAAUGA